AGGACCCCUGGACGCUCUAAAAACAUAACGCGGGCUAAUGUAAACUUCAGACACAGAAUAUUUCCUUACAAAGUUUCCAUGCAUAUAAAGAAUAUAACUGGGGAAACCUCGAAAUAUAUGUGGGAGUAACGUUCUGUCGAUGCUGUGCCGCAACAGAAGAGCGAAGCUUUUCCUCUGAGCUGCCAUAAUGAAAAGAAGAGCCGAUGCAGGGUUGACAACACUGCAGGGGACAAAGAGGCACCGUGAGGACAGCAGCUCAGAUGAAGAGUCACGAUUAUCCAGACAAGACUCAAGCCAAAAUGACUCUCUCAGUGACCAGGAGGAUCACAGACCGGGGUUCUCUAUGCCCUCCAUAUCUUCGUCAUCCUUCGACUCCCAAGACAUAGAUGCCCCCACAGAAGCAUCCUCAAAGUUCUCUAUGUACAACAGCGUGUCACAGAAGCUCAUGGCCAAGAUGGGCUUCCGAGAGGGCGAGGGUCUGGGUAAGUUUGGUCAGGGACGAAAGGAGAUCGUGGAGGCUUCAACUCAGCGAGGGAGAAGAGGUCUCGGUCUCACACUGCAGGGUUUCAAGGGAGAGCUCAAUGUAGACUGGCGUGAUGAACCAGAGCCCAAUGCUAUAGAGAAAGUUGACUGGUUCCCAGAAUGCACCACAGAGACCCCAGAUGCAGAUGAGCUGAGGGACUGGAUGACUCUGGGACGGCGGAAACUUAAGAUUGAAGAUGAGACAGAGUUCUGCACAGAAGAUCUUCUGCACACUCUUCUACGAUGUAAAACUGUAUUUGAUGACCUGGAAGGCGAGGAGAUGAGGAGAGCACGGACUCGUUCCAACCCAUACGAGACAAUCCGAGGAGGUAUCUUCCUCAACAGAGCAGCUAUGAAAAUGGCCAACAUCGACCACUGCUUCGACCAUAUGUUCACCAACCCAAAGGAUUCUCAAGGGAAACCGCUGACGAAGGACCGCGAGGGCGAGCUUCUGUACUUUGGUGACGUCUGCGCGGGGCCUGGAGGCUUUUCAGAGUACAUACUGUGGAGAAGACGCUGGCACGCCAAGGGCUUUGGCAUGACGCUGAAAGGACCCUGUGACUUCAAGCUGGAGGAUUUCUAUGCAGCGCCCAGUGAACUUUUCGAGCCUUAUUACGGUGAGGGAGGGGUGGACGGAGACGGUGACAUUACUCGGCCGGAGAACGUGACUGCCUUCCGUAACUUUGUCAUGGAGAGUACAGAGAGAAGAGGGCUGCACUUCCUCAUGGCAGAUGGGGGUUUCUCUGUGGAAGGUCAAGAGAACCUUCAGGAGAUCCUGAGCAAACAACUGCUACUCUGUCAGUUCCUCACCGCCAUCUCGUCACUCAGGACAGGUGGCCACUUUGUCUGUAAGACCUUCGACCUCUUCACUCCCUUCAGUGUGGGUUUGGUCUACCUGCUCUACCUCUGCUUCGACAGGAUCUCGCUCUUCAAACCGGUCACCAGCAGACCAGCCAACUCUGAGAGGUACAUUGUGUGCCGAGGUCUGAAACCAGGUUCAGAUGCCGUCAGGGAAUACAUGUUCAAAGUCAACCUGAAACUGAACCAGCUGAGGAACACAGACACAGAUGUUACAGAUGUGGUUCCUCUGCAUAUCAUUAAGGACGACACCGACUUCUACCAGUUUAUGGUCAACUCCAAUGAGAGCCUCUGUGCUGUCCAGAUCAAGGCCUUGGCUAAGAUCCACGCCUAUGUCGUAGAUCCGACACUUUCAGAGCCGAGGCAGGCCGAUAUCAGGAAGGAGUGUCUGAAGCAGUGGGGGGUCCCAGACAAGGCCAGAGUCACUCCUGCUUCCUCAGACCCAAAGUCAAAAUUCUACGAACUGAUUAAGACUUCAGAUGUGGAGUCGUUCCAGUGUAAGCUGACGGCCCUCAACUCCAGCACACUCGAUAAGCUGCGUCACAUCCUGGACCACAGGUGCAUUGUGGGAGGUGGGGAGCAGAUCUUUCUACUAGCGCUGGGGAAGUCUCAGAUAUACACAUGGGAUGGAAAGAUGCCUGUGCGCUGGAGGAAAAUGGAGAAUUUCAAGCUAGAGUUGCCAAGAGAUACACUGCUAAGUGUGGAGAUCGUCCAGGAGCUGAAGGGCGAGGGCAAAGCUCAACGUAGAAUCAAUGCAGUUCAUGUCAUGGAUGCACUAAUACUGAACGGCACUGAUGUUAGAGAUCAACACUUCAAUCAACGGAUCCAGAUGGCUGAGAAGUUUGUGAAGGCGGUGGCUAAACCGAGCCGACCAGAUAUGAACCCUAUCAGAGUGAAGGAGGUUUACAGACUGGAGGAAAUGGAGAAAAUCUUUGUCAGACUAGAGAUGAAGGUAACAAAGAGUUCCGGAGGCGUCCCUCGUCUGUCCUACACCGGCAGAGACGACCGACACUUUCUUCCCACGGGCCUCUACAUCAUUAAGACAGUUAAUGAGCCGUGGACGAUGGCGUACAGUAAAAACUCCAAGAUGAAGUUCUUCUUCAAUAAGUUAACCAAGGACUCUACCUAUGCGAUGCCACCAAACUCUGCUGCUCCCUUUCACGUUUGCCACUCCGAGCGGCUCUUCUGGGCCUGGGUGGACGGCGUCAUUGUUCACGAUUCUCAAACCCGCGUGGACCCCGAGAAACUGUCCAAAGAGGACGUGCUGACCUUCAUCCACCAGAACUACCAGCCCUGAAAGCCUCACGGAGUCUUCAUCAACUACAACCUGUACAGAGUGCACUAAGUUAUGGAGCAUGUGGGAAUGUGGGAAAAGGAUAGAAUGCAGUGACAGUGAAAGAAGAGUUGUGUCUUGACAAUUCAUCUGUUUUUAGAAAUCCAUUCUUUUUUCACUGUCCAGUUAAAUAUCCGUUAACAAGCUGCUUUAUAAGAGAUGGUUCAGAGAAGUUACCACACAGGUCGUAACUGGAAUUCUGCAGCUGAAGCGAUGAAUUGUUUGCUGCUGUUUCCGGCGGCGAUGUCUGGAUCCUUGUAAGCUAAAUAUCUGACAAACUGCUCCGUCUGUCUGCCUUUUCUACUGCCCUCGGCUCUUUGAAUUGUAACGAUUAUAGGACAAAAUGGAGACAGGAAGGUGCGUCCACAUUGAACUGCAUGUCCCUCUAGAUCCAGUCCAAUCCAUGCUGUGCUUGUGUCUCAUUAAUUAUAGAUAGGCUUCCAAAUGUUAAACUAUGCAUCCAUAUCUGCAAACACCAAACACACUGUCUCGUUUGCCUCGAUAUAAACCUGCUUCAAGCUCGACUCGUCCUCAGAAGAUCUGCUCAUCUCACAGCAACAGGCUGCUAGUUCUUGCAAAUCGGCAGCUGGAUCCCAAAUCGUCUUCUGGCUCAUCCUCACCAUCAUUUUACACGUCAGUGACGGACGUAGCAGCUUUCUCCUGUCCAUACUUCAUCUGUCUUUUUAGGUCGUUUCUAUCCUCCAAUGCCUCCUCUUGAUUGUGCCUGAUAUCUCCUGACUGUGUGUGUUUUUGUUUUUGUAAUGCUGCAAAUGAGUUAUUUUUCUCCUGUAAAGUCAGCUCUCGGUCCCGUUGAUGUAAAUAAAUAAUAAUGUAGUAAAUAAAUGGGAGAUGCUGUUCCCAGAACGUG